AUGCGACCCCAGCACCCCGUCUUUCUCACCCUCCUACAAUUCACCCCCUACACUCUCGCACAACCAUCCCGGGUGCUAGAUAUCAACUUCCCGGACCCAGCUGUAAUCCAAACAUCGCAGGGAUACUAUGCCUUCGGCACGCAAUCCAACGGCGUGCGCGUCCCCGUCGCGCGCUCAGACGAUUUCACUUCGUGGACUCUCCUCGAGGAAACGGAUGCUCUGCCCGAGCCGUACCCCCAAUGGAUAAACGAGAGUAAUCCGCAGGUUUGGGCGCCGGACGUUGUAGAGCUGGAUGACGGAUCGUUCGUAAUGUACUUUAGCGCAAUCGCAACGUCCUCCGGAAAACACUGCAUCGGGACGGCAAAAUCGACCUCGGUCACGGGUUCCUACACGGGCCAAGAAACCCCUCUCGCGUGUCACACAGAUGAAGGCGGCGCCAUCGACGCGUCAGGGUUCCAGGACACAGACGGCACGCGGUAUGUUGUGUACAAGGUUGACGGUAACAGUCUGAACGGGGACGGGACGACGCAUCCCACGCCCAUCAUGCUGCAGCGGCUCGCAUCGGACGGCGUCACAGCCGAGGGAGACCCGGUGCAGAUCCUCGACCGCGACGAGGCGGAUGGUCCCCUUGUGGAAGCACCCAGCCUCCUGCACGUCGAUGGAACAUAUUACCUCUCCUUCUCGUCAAACUGGUACAACAGUCUAAACUACGAUGUGAGCUACGCGACUGCGUCGGCUGUUACGGGACCGUAUACCAAGGUUCAGGCCCCUGAUGCGCCGCUGCUUGUUAGUGGAGAUGGGAGUGAUGUUGGGCCGUUGGGCGGACCUGGGGGUGCGGACUUUUUGGAUGUGAAUAGGAUGGUUUUUCAUGCGUUUAAUGAUGGGGAGAGUAUUGGGAGUGGACGGGGGGUGUGGAUUGCGGAGAUUGAGGUAGAGGAUGGGAGGAUCCGAAUCCAGUAG